AUGAGACUCCUGUUGAAUCAAGGAUUGGUAUUUCGUGGACAUCAUGAAGAUGAAUCAUCAUUAAACAAGGGUUACUUUCUUGAGAUUCUUUCAUGGUAUGUAGAGAGGUGUGAUAAAAUCCGUGAUCUUGUGUUGAAAAAGGCUACAAAGAAUGAUGAGUUGACCUCUCAUAAAAUUCAAAAAGACAUUAUCAUUGCAGGUAAAAUUGAAACAGUUAAAGCAAUUAUGGACGAUCUAAAUGGAGACUUUUUUGCAUUGCUAGUUGAUGAAUCAUGUGAUGUAUCACGCAAAGAGCAAUUAGCUAUUGUCUUGCGAUACUUUAAUAUAUGUGGAUCUGUGGUGGAGCAUUUUAUUGGGAUCGUUCAUGUUCGUAAUACUAGUACUUUAUGUUUAAAGGAAGCAAUUGUUGAUUACCUUGCUCAACAUUCUUUGAGUUUAUCUUAUGUGCGUGGACAGUGCUAUGAUGGAGAAAGCAACAUGCAAGAGGAUUUACGUGGCCUCAAAACUUUGAUUCAACAAAAAAGUAAAUUCGCUUAUUCCAUUUAUUAUUUUGCACACCAACUUCAAUUGACUCUUGUUGCGGUAUCCAAAAAGUGUCUUGAAGUGGGAGAACUUGUAUUGUCGAUUUCUAAUUUAUUGAAUAUAGUGGUAUGUUCUUUUAAACGUAUGGAUUAUCUUCGAGAAUCUCAAGCAGAAAAAGUUCAAGAGGCAUUAGACAUGGGUGAACUUGAAACUGGUAGGGGUUUGAAUCAAGAACUUGGUCUUGCCAGAGCUGCUGAUACUCGUUGGGAUUCGCACUACAAAUCUUUUAAGAACUUUAUUUCUAUGUUUGGCUCAAUUAUUGAUGUUCUUGAUACUAUCGUUGUUGAUGCCCGGACUUUAGAAGAAAGAGCUAAGGCAAAGGAAUAUCUUAGCACUUGUCAAACAUUUGAGGUUGCUUUCAUAUUGCACCUAAUGAGAGAUAUUUUGUGGAUCACAAAUAAGCUUAAUACAUCCUUACAAAAAAAAAAGGAGCAAAAUAUUGCAAAUGCUAUUCUACUUGUUGAAGUGGCAAAGAAACAGUUGCAAAAGCUAAGAGAAGAAGAAUGGGAUUCACCUAUUGAUAAGGUGUCUGCAUUUUGUGUCAAGUAUAAUAUUUCGAUACCAAACUUUGAUGACUUCUAUGUUAACUCUGGAAGAUCUCGACAUAAAAUUAUUGAUUGGCAAGUUCAAGAACUCAAUGCUCGUUUUAAUGAGGUGACAACGAACUUGCUUGUUGGAGUAGCUUGCGUAAAUCCAGUUGAUUCAUUUUUCAGUUUUGACAUAAACAAGAUAUUGAUGAUGGUUGAAUUGUAUCCUGACGAUUUUGAUGAGAAUAUAAUGGUUACACUCAAGAAUCAACUUGAAACUUAUAUUGUUGAUGUUCGUGAUGUUGAUGAAAGGUUCUCAAAUCUACAAGGACUUGUUGAUCUUUCUGAAACACUAGUUAAGACAAAGAAGCAUUUGAAUUAUCCAUUUGUGUUUCGCCUUGUAAAAUUUGCUUUGCUUCUACCAGUUGCCACUACUAUAGUUGAAAGAACUUUUUCGGUGAUGAAUUUGAUCAAGAGUGAAUAG